AAUUGUGUCCCGCUCUCAUUCAAAAGUUCAUACGCUCACUUGUGCUGACCCUGACUUUUUCUUGCGUCUUUGCUUCUUCAUCUUGCCAUUAAUUAAUUCUACUCACUGCUUACUGCUCACUGCUCACAUUGUGGGCUGACUGUCAAAAGAGAGUUUGCCCAGCUCGGGCGGCUCAAGACUGGCUCAAUACAUUUCAAUCAAGGUUUGACUGCUGCAAACCUUCGAAAUUACCAAACAUAAAGACUCACAACCGCCAAAGAUUGCUCUUCUUGGAUGAGCCCCCGCCGCCCGCUUUUUGGGGGUCAGAAAACGGUCUCCAUCGACCGACAUUAUCAUCGCGGGCGCCAUAAACAUCCAGGGAACAGCCGGUUUUCGGACCUCGAUGAAUAUCCACCGACCGUCAGUGUUUUGUCAGAAAUCGCCAGAAACGAACGCCAAGAGCUCCAACUCCUUGCUGCACACUGUGUGCAUUCUGACCUCCGACCCUGCACGACACCCUGCGUGGCACACGACGCUUAAAAUUCCGGGAUUCUGCGCACACCUUCAUGCCCCACUCGGCCAGAAUUCGUACCUCUGGUUGGCGUAAAUUUCUGGGGUUACUCUCACACAAGUCAAGCAGCCCUGGGCAUCACUCCCCCAUCAGUUUUCUUGUUACCAAUCGACGACUUGGCUCAUCGACCAUUUUUCUUUUCGCCUUGUCCUUCAAUGCCGUCAGCUACAACUGUCCUUCUGAUCAAAGGUUAAUAACAUCUUUUACUUUAUUUUUACAUCUCAUUCUUUUGUGUACCUCCUUAUUCUCAUUUCAUUGUUGUAUCCGACUUUUGAAUUGGCUGAUUGGUCUGGCCUGGUCUUUAAUCUCAACUCCGUCCCCAACCCCUCGGCAAGUCAUACCAGAAGGCGAAGACCUUAAAAAAAAAAAAAGAACACACACACACCAAACCCAAACAAGACCCUGACCUUUCCUUGACAGACGGAUCACGCCAACCAGCUCUCCCACACCAUUACCUUUAGAACAGCUGUAUAUUUCUGUAUGCAUAACGAACAAGCUGACACCUUUUUCUCGAGCGAUCAAGACGGGCGCAAACAGGCGCAACAGUCGUCGUUGGCUAAGCUUGCAAUGAGCAAGAAAAUCACGGCCACGCCCAAUGUGAUUCCUCCAACUCCUCCUGUAACAGCAGCGCCUGCCGUCGCACCGCCACCACCAACCUCUGUCGCGCUUUCCGAGACCAAUGGCGAGGCCUUGAAACCUCCAUCACCGAACUCGACUUCUCCCCGCCCUGCGCAGAAGCCAGACAACUCGCACCUGCCACCUCCGGCCAUCGCCCAUGCGCUCAAAUCGAUAAACGCCUUUGACCAUGCCGCACUGCGCGACAAACCAUUGCCCCAAUAUGACAGCCCUUAUACCAGAAGUAUCUCUUCAACAGCACCAGGCUCCCCGAGAAUUCCUCCUGUCAGACAAAACUCGGGCAGCCACACACCUAGAGUUCGACCCCAUGCCACGACUCUCAACAUCCCCGGACUGACCAAGUCCAAGGUCUCUCCGGACGGAAGAAUCCCAGAUCGAGACGUCGCCUCGAAACUGUUGAUUGUCAUGGUGGGCCUUCCGGCUCGUGGGAAGUCUUACAUCACAAAGAAAAUCCAGCGCUACUUGAACUGGCAGCAGCACAACACAAGAAUCUUCAAUGUUGGCAGCAGGAGGCGAGUCGCCGCUGGGUUCUCUCCUCGCGCUGAGCGACCCGUGUCACCCAAAUCUGCGUCCGGCGAAAGGCUGCGCGCCGCUUCCAUUUUGCUUAACGGCAUUGAGCAAAAUGGCGACACCGUUGAAGAAACCAACGGGCACACAAGUGAAUCAUCUCAGGAUCGAGAGCCUCCGUCAUUUGAUCUGAACACCUGGAAAGGUCGCCCGAAGUCGAUCGCCGGCGUUGACGGCCCUGAGGCCUAUAUGGACCAAUCCGCCAACUUCUUCGAUCCAAAGAACACAACCGCCCGGGCACUGCGAGAGCAGGUUGCCAUGGACACAUUGGACGAGGCCCUGGACUACUUGCUGUUCCAGAACGGCUCGGUCGGUAUACUUGAUGCAACAAAUAGCACCAUCCAUCGCCGCGAGCUUAUUGUCAAGCGAGUCAAAGAGAGAGAGCCCAAACUUGGCAUUCUCUUCAUCGAAAGUAUCUGCCAUGACCAGACUCUGCUCGAGGCCAACAUGAGACUCAAACUUUCCGGCCCAGACUAUCACGACAAAGAUCCGAUCAAGUCACUACAGGACUUCAAGGAACGGGUCAGACAGUACGAAAGUGCUUAUACGCCCUUGGGAGAAUGGGAAGAGAAGAAUGAUUUACAAUACAUACAGAUGAUUGAUGUUGGAAGGAAAGUCGUUCAUCAUAGAUUACGAGGCUUUCUCAGUGGUGGUAUUGCCAACUACCUCUUGACAUUUAACCUUGCGCCACGUCAAAUAUGGAUCACCCGUCAUGGGCACAGUGAGGAUAACCAGCUCAAAAAGCUUGGCGGUGAUUCUUCACUUACGGAACGCGGUCAUUUCUACGCAAUGGCACUGCACGGCUUUAUCACCCAAAAGCGCCAGGAGUGGCUUGUGCAGCAGAAGGACAAGAUUGCUCAGGCCUCAUUUCCUCCGCAGCCUGGUGAUCAUACUCCACCCUAUCCAGAACUUUUCCAAGAGCUCGAUGACAAAAACUGCUGCGUGUGGACGUCGAUGCUAAAGAGAAGCGUUCAAACUGCCGAGUAUUUUGAGGAGGAUGAGGACUACGACGUGAAAAAUUGGGAGCUUCUGAACGAGAUGAAUACCGGCACGUUCGAGGGCAUGACGUACGAAGAGAUUGCAGCCAAAUACCCCGAGGAAUACGAGAAGCGCCAGCGAGACAAACUUCACUACGUCUAUCCCGGCGUGGGCGGCGAGGGUUAUCUACGGAUCAUAGGCCGGCUGCGCGACAUGGUCCGGGAAAUUGAACGCAUCACAGAACAUGUUUUGAUCAUUAGCCACCGCUCCGUUUGCCGUGUGCUGAUGGCAUACUUUAUGGACCUGACACGCGAUGACAUCGCGGAUUUGGACAUGCCGCUGGGCAUGCUAUACGCAAUCGAGCCGAAGCCUUACGGGAUUGAGUUUCACGCGUACAAGUACGAUGAGUCCAACGGGACGUUUAGUGAGAUUCAUGACUACAAGCCGCAGAGGACAACAGACCGCAAUAACUAAACAUUUUGGCAGCGGAACGUAGCGACAUGACUACCGUUUGCUCGAAAUUGUUCCCGGGGCCUGAUUUCUUUCGCUGUUGUUGUUGGGGGGCUGGUGGGUGGAAUUUGAUUACUUUUUUGGGGUUUGUCGGUCUCUUUGAUACUACUUUCCCCCAUCCUUAUCUAUUCAUAAUCCUGUGUUAUUAUCUUGAUUUCUCUUUUUUCUCUCUCUCGCUUUCCUACUUUUUUGUUUGGGCCAGGCGUCAUGGGAAUGGAAAACACGGCGGGAAAGGGUGGACUCACCGGAUUAUUGGUUUGAAUGUGUUGUCGUUACUCUGCAUCUGAGCUCAUAGAUGGUUGCGAAUCGCUUGUGAUCAUAGAUACCCGCGUCUCCUUAAAGACAGGCAUACAAACGGGGCUGGCGUAGAUUGUCUACGUAUGAGCUUUCCUCGAAUCAUCAGGACCACUGUUCUGUGCUAUUUUAUACACGAACACGCGAUUAGCGUGCCUCGCUGGUUAAAACUCGCCACUCGAAAGUUUAGACAUGAUGUUAUUUUUGCUGCUGC